CGCAUAUCGAGCAUUGACUGUAAUGUUUAUACAGUCCAAAUUGUUGGAACCGGCAGAAAAAUUCAAAAUUUUCUGAAAUUUCAUAAAAAUGCCUGAAUUUGAAGUUAACGAAACAAUUCCAUUCGAGGAAUCAUGGCUCGAAAAUGUUCAUGUAAAUCUUCGUGGCCUUGAAGCAUCUGUAAAAUUGAUAGUAUCAUCAUGCGAAGUCACUUCCGAUGCCAAUAAAGUUGGAUUUGCUUUAAAGGCCCUGACAUUGACAGAUUUAACAACAUUAGCCGGUGAUGAUUGUACAUCAAAUGUCGAUAGACUGUGUAUUCGUGCUUGCUAUCCAUUUUAUAAACAUUCCAUUACUAAUGAUUCUAACGAGUUCUUGAAAAAACUUCAUGUCGCUGCUGUCUGUGUCUAUCCAACAAAGGUCAAAGAUGCUUAUGACACGUUAAAGAGAUUAAAUAUGCUGGAUAAAAUUCAGAUUGCAUCAGUCGCUACUGGUUUUCCAACAGGCUUAUAUCCCUUGCAAUCUCGUCUCGACGAAAUCACUUAUGCAAUAAACAGCGGUGCAACAGAAAUUGACAUUGUCAUCGACCGAAGUCUCGUAUUAACACAUCAAUGGAAGAAACUCUACGAGGAAGUCGUUGAAAUGCGUAAAGCUUGCGGAAAUCGUGCACAUUUGAAAGCAAUAUUAGGAAUUGGAGAAUGUGGAACGAUGGAUAAUGUUUACAAAGCCUCAAUGAUAUGUAUGAUGGGCGGUGCUGAUUUCAUUAAAACAAGUACAGGAAAGGAAAGUGUUAAUGCUAAUUUAAAUGUCGGAUUGUGCAUGAUUCGUGCUAUAGAAGAAUUUUAUCGUAAAACUGGAAAGAAAAUUGGAUUGAAGCCCGCUGGUGGAGUACGUACGGUUGAUGAUUCCAUUCAAUGGCUGAUUAUGAUAAAAGAGACAUUGGGUAUGGAAUAUUUGGAUCCACAUUUGUUCCGUUUUGGAGCCUCUGGAUUACUUGAUGAUAUUGAAAAAUUCGUAUUAAGUAAGUGUUGAAAAAGAUUCGAUUUUAUUUAACGAAAAUAAUACAUUCCGAAUUAAGGUACGGAAGCUUUGGAAAGUCUUAAAGCUAUUUAAAAAAUAUCACAAACAAGUUUUAUUUUAAAAAA